AUGUGCGAGUGGUACCGGGCAAAGUUCACCUGCGGACAUGGCUUCACGGGUGCUUCCGAAUGGUGUUACCUAUACAGUUCUACUCAAAAGCGGUGCAAAGUAAAUGUGACGCAAGAUGACGAUCGGCCAAAGUUGUGCGGAUCAUGUAUCGAGGAACUAAACAAGAAGGCGGUUCCCUGGGAGUUUAUGAUCAAGCGCCCCAAAGCUGGAACAAUACGGCAGAUAAAUUCUAAAGAAAGAUACCGAUAG